ACCAUCGGAAGCGUAUCCCGCAAAGUCCCGCAUCCCGCGGGUUCGGGACAAAACACUUCAGCCCGACUUCAGCACGAUCCAAGAUGGGGGCUGCAGCGAGUUGUGGGGGGAAAGGUAUAGAAGUGAAAGACCAAAUACCGACGUUCAAAAUCGUGCUUGUUGGUGACCCUGAAGUUGGAAAGACCAGUAUCUUCCUGCGCUUUACUAAAAACCAAUUUGACUACAGUUAUCAACCCAGUAUGUCUGUCAGCAUCGGGAACAUUGUUCGUAAGGUCAAUAUACCAUAUGAAGUCAUUGUGUCUGUCAUACUGUGGGACCUUCCAGGCAGGGAAGAAAUGGAUCUUCGCCGCAGCUAUUACAAGGAUGUUGAUGCUGCUAUUGUUGUAGUUGACAUGGAUGAUUUAGACAGUAUAACUUUAGCUGGAACUUGGAAACAAGAUAUCAUAAACAAUGCUGUAUUUACUGGGAAGUCAGAAAACCCUAAUACAAUGAACUCUGAUGGUAAGAAAGACGUUGCCAAGUCUAUACCAAUUUUAUUGGUGGGCAAUAAGGCUGACAAGCUCAAGUUAUUGACUGGCGAUGAGGACAGUGUGUCUGGUUAUGACGGGCCAACUGAGAUGAUGAAGAUAUUGGAGCAGGCAGCAAUACAACAUGGGUUUGUAGGAAGUGUGACAGUAUCUGCGAAGGAGAGUGAUGGCAGUGUCCACGCAGCCAUUCAGUCUCUCAUCCGACAUAUGCUACAGAAGAGACACCAGCAGAAGAAAGGAGGGCUUUUCAGUGGGGACAAAACAAUUGAGGAGAAGAAGUUUGUAACAAUCAGUCCUUAUGAUGAGGAGAAACCAGAGUUUAUUCCUCUCCUCAACACCAAGAUAUCAGAGUUUGAUGUGUUUUUUGCUGACUGUAACCAGCCAAUAGAAACCAUAGAAAAUACAAGUACUGCCCUUAUAGAGUCCAUGGCAAACUUCAAGAGGGCAUGCUCAGUGGCCGGGGUAACAUCCACAGGGAAGGCGUCACUGGAGGAGUGCAUUGGUGGGCUGAAGGAACUCAUCAGAACCGAUGAUGAUGAGGAAGGACUGGAGGCUCAUGAUGAUGGAGGGUACAUAAAGCUCUUAAUCAAGGAGGAUGAGGUUAAGGAUGUCCCAGGCCCGGUCAGUAGAGUACUCAAGACGUUCCACAAUGAGCUUUGCCAGUCAUCAAAGAAGGUCUUGUCUAACUGUCCUGUGGCCCACAACAGGCUCAAGGAAACUCAGCAAAAAAUCGACAAGCUCCGUGUAUCUGCUUUCGACCGCGCAAUGGCCAGCGGAAUGUCCCAGAGGCGCGCCCGCGCCGCACUUGCAAACAUCGACGCCAAUUGCAACCGAAUCCGCGAAGCUAUAGCAACCGCCAUGGAGUCCAUGACAGCAGUAGAGAACGAUUACAAGAAAAUUAAGGCGGCAAUGCUAUGGUAACCGUUGCCAGAACAACUACUGAGUAGUCCUGGGUGCCAGAUUGUUGUCGCUCCCAGUAACCCGAUGUGUACGUAAUGCUGUGCUUGGUGACAUGACGGAAAAACCUGGAAAACGCGCAAUUCCAGAUAGAGAGA